AUGGGUACCACCGGCACGGUAGAUGAAUAUGACUUCGAUUCGUCCGACGAAGAGGAUAUCCGAAACACAGUUGGCAAUAUCCCUGUUCAGUGGUAUGCUGACUUCGGCCACAUCGGGUACGACACGAGCGGUCGACCGAUUAUGAAAUCGAAGUUAGGCGGUGCGGACUUGAGUGAUAAAAUUGAUGAAUAUCUAAGCGGUGUAUCUGCCGGUUUGGGCGAAUCAGGCGUGGAGUGGAGGUCGGUUAGGGAUCCUUUGACUGAUCAGUUGGUUGUACUUGGUGAUCGGGAUUUGGAGACUGUGAUCAAAAUCGCUUCCGGAAAAGGGGUAAUGGAAAGCUCUGAACCCUUUGAGCCAUGGAAUGAAUGGUUCUCAAAAGAUGUUUUAGAAAUGCCCCUGACAGCUCAUCCGCCUCAGAAACGGAGCUUUAUUCCAUCACUUCUGGAUCGUCGUCGGGUCGGUCGAAUGGUCCAUGCAAUCAAGAUGGGUUGGAUGAAACCGAAUCUCCCAUCCUGGGCCCUGCAAGAUCCCGAGGAUCCAGACAACGUGAGACGUUAUGCUGCAUAUCUGACCGGUGGAAAUUUGGGCGCCUUAGAUUCGGACGAUGAAGAAGACACAUUGGGCAUUCCGGCUAGCGCUAUUCCUAACUACGUAUUCCCGGAUAUGUGGUCGGAUGUGACAGACGGAAAAGCAACAGAUACCACUACUACUGCACCAUCAUUGAGCACGCUUCUACACAACUACCGCCCACCACGUCCACGACCGUAUCAGCGCGCACCAGAGGAACCGUUGCCGGGACAUAUUGCAUCAUACAAUCCACCACCGGAAUUUUUAUUGACCAAGGAAGAGCAAAAACGUGUGAUGAACACGUGGCGUGAUCGUGUUCACGACGGUCAUGUGUCCCGUAUCCCACCACUGAUGCCCCAACAAUUUGCCUGUUUGCGGCACGUUCCCUUCUCCGAACGGUAUCUACGGGAACGAGAGGAACGGGUAAAAGAUUUGAUUAUGGCUGCUCGAGUGGAAAAGGAGCGUCUAGCCACCACGCCUGAGGCACUUUUACCUCCAAUUCCCAGCCUGGCAGAUCUACGACCUUAUCCUUCACGUGCGGGUUUAGUCUAUCGAGGUCACAGCGGUCGAGUGACUGCAGUGUCUAUAUCAAAUUGUGGACAAUGGCUUGCUUCCAUUUCCCCUGUCGACGGAUACCUUCGGGUGUGGGAAACCGCGACAAACUAUUGUUUCCGUACCUACCAACUUCGGCCACCUCUGGUCGAUUCAAACAACUCGCGGCAACCAGACCACACUAAUGCUGAGGAUGAUGAUGAAAACCAGCCGAUUGAGACGGCCUGUGUCUCGUGGAACCCUAGGUCGGAAAUGUGUCUUAUUGCUGCAGCCAUCGGGGAUACUGUUUUCCUAAUCAAUCCCGCUCUGGGUGAUCGCGUUCGUGUGCAGCAAACAAAUAGUGGUCUUUCACAAUGGUGGACUUCUCGAACGGUCUCUGAUCACGCACCGGAAGCACCUUCCAAUGAGGAUACUUCAUCCACAGCCAAACGCUCUCGUUUAGAGGAUAGUCUGUCGGAUGGGGCUCAAACGUCCACUACUCCGCACUGGUCGUUCCAGUCGACUCAACCAUCUAAAACCCUCCUAUCUCCUGCAUCGUCAAAAACCACUGAGGGUAACCGUGUGACAAUUUGUAUAAAUCAGCCUAUCUGUUCUUUAAACUGGCAUCCGAAAGGAGACUAUUUACUCACACUUUCGCGUCCCGUAUUGGCCAGUGCUGUCUGUUCCAAAUCCACCGAACGUAUCUAUUUGCAUCGAUUGUCCAAAAUGUCUAGUCAGGCGCCGUUCUCCGUUCCAAGUCGUGCGGUCGAGUGGCGUCAAGUCCAAUUCCAUCCGGGUGGUAAACCGCAUGUAUUUGUCGCUAGUCCGCGUGAGGUUCGAGUAUACGACCUAGUUCAACAGAAGGAGUUGCGAUGUUUGCGACUUGAUGGAAGCGCGGAUACUUUGAGCUGCAUGACCGUGCAUCCGUCCGGAGAUCACAUGGUUUCUGGGACAUUUGACGGUCGGUUCCUCUGGUUUGACAUCGAUCUGGGCAACGUCCCUUAUAAGAAACUGGGACUUGGUCAUGGAGCCGUGCGUCAAUUGGAUAUUCACCGCAGUCGUCCGUUGGUAUCUGUUGCUCUCGAUGAUGGCACUGUGCUUAUUGUUCACGCCACUGUCUCUGACGAUUUGCUGUCCAAACCAGCCAUCAUUCCGGUGAAUUUGAUCCGCACAGGACAACCAAGUACUGCAUCCUCUGUCCUGGCCACCGCGUUUCAUCCGCGCCAACCACACGUGUAUACCGGUGGUGCGGAUGGCAGCGUGCGACAAUUUGUUGCCUGGCGCUAG